GAUUUGAACCGAAGAAUAUUUUCUUCGUUUGUUUUAAUGAGAAAUUUGGUAGAAAAUUAAUUUUUGUAAAUGUUGAGGAUCGCUUAUUGGCGGAUAUCAUUUUGUCGCACAGUGACUGCAUUGUGAAUUACAUCCAGCAUGAUUCAUUAUUUAAGAAUUUGGAAGAAGAAAAACUUACGGAGCAGGAAUGUAAGGAAGCUUGGGAAGAUUACGAACGAGAGAAAGUAAAUCCAAGUAGAGGAAUAUAUGGUAAUUUCAUGGAGGAAAGACAAGCAAACAUAGUUCAGUUUCGUGAUCAAGCUAGUGAAGCUUUGCAACCGAUUUUUGCUGAUCCAGUUUAUAUGGCAGCAUUUCAGCUGAGAGCCAUGGAUAGUGAUACAGCUCAGAAAGUCACUUUCAUUAAAAGAAGUUUGGAUGCAUUAUUGCCAAAGAUUCCAGUACAAUUGCGUGGCGGGAUGAACGAAUUUACGACUUAUUUUUUGGCUAUGAUAAACGAAGGGUUAAAAACUGCCGAAAGUGGGGCUUGGUUAUACAGUAAAACAGUUAGCAUUUUCCGGACGGUUGUUUCGAUGGUGAAAAGUGAGCCGCAUUGUGUACCUAUACUUCAGUAUCUUUAUCGUACUGCGCCACAGAUAUUUGAUCCAAAUGAAUCUAGUGCUCUUUAUAUGUAA